CUCAGUCAUUUUCUAACGACCUGCGACUUGCCGUUCCCAUCUUUUCCUCUUUUCCUUUUUUGUAUAUUUCUUCUACAUUCUGAGAUGCGAGGAAGAAGUUGAAGCUGCGGCGGCCCAAAUGGCUCUCUCCUCACUCUUCUCUUCUUUCUCCUUCAUCCUCCUUCUGCAUAUCCUUUCAUUUCAGAAAUCCACCGCCCAGAAUGCCACUUUACACCCAUCCGAAGUGAAAGCAUUGAACUCUCUAUUCCAAAAAUGGGACAUAGAAGCUGUGCCACUGUGGAACAUUAGUGGGGAGCCAUGUAGCGGAUCUGCCAUUAAUGGAACUGAAUUCGAGAGUGAGGCUAAUAAUCCUGCUAUCAAAUGUGACUGCAGUUAUGAUAGCAACACUACCUGUCACAUCACUCAGCUGAGAGUACAUGCUUUGAACAAAAGGGGAGUAAUUGUAGAGGAGUUCAAGGCCUUUACUUAUCUCAUGGUUUUGAAGCUCGAUAAGAAUUACUUCACAGGUCCCCUACCUUCAUUUAUUGGAAAUUUAUCUCAAUUGAUUAUAUUGUCAGUCUCGCAUAAUGCACUCUCUGGAACCAUUCCUAAGGAGCUUGGAAAUCUGAAGGAACUUCUAAUGUUGUCUAUUGGUUCAAAUAACUUCUCUGGAACUCUCCCUCCAGAAAUUGGAAAUCUAGUCAAACUUCAGCAAAUUUACAUUGACAGCAGUGGAGUGAGUGGGGAGAUACCCUCUACAUUUGCUAAACUUCAAGACAUGGUAGUCAUGUUUGCAACAGAUGUUCCUAUCACAGGAAAGAUACCAGACUUCAUCGGGAACUGGACAAAGCUUGAGUCUCUGAGAUUUCAAGGGAACUCUCUCGAAGGUCCAAUACCAUCAAGUUUUUCUAAAUUGACUUCAUUGACCACUUUGCGAAUAAGUGAUUUAUCCAAUGUGAGCUCAUCUCUUGAUUUCAUCAAGGAAAUGAAGAAUUUAACUGACCUAGUUCUAAGAAACUCAUUGAUAUCUGGUAGUAUUCCAUUUUAUAUUGGAGAAUUUCAAAGUUUAAAAACACUGGAUUUGAGUUUCAACAACUUAACAGGUGAAAUCCCGGAUGCUUUGUUCAACUUGAGUUCUCUCACUUCCCUAUUUCUUGGAACCAAUAGACUUUCUGGAACUUUCCCUGCCCAAAAAAGUGAACAACUUCAAACUAUAGAUUUGUCAUACAAUGAGUUAUCAGGAAGUUUUCCUUCAUGGCUAAAGUCAGGUUUACAAUUGAACUUAGUGGCCAAUAACUUAACAUUUGAUAGCACAAACCGCAGUAUUUUUGAAGGAUUGGAAUGUCUUCAAAGAAACUUUCCUUGCAACAGGGAUCCUCCACCCUAUACCAAUGUCUCAAUCAAGUGUGGUGGGCCAGAGUGGAGAACACCCGAUGGCACUGUAUAUGAGGCUGAUAACUCAAUUACCACUGGUACUGCUUCAACAUCAUAUUAUGUAAGCAGAUCAGAGAAUUGGGGAGUUAGCAAUGUGGGUUUGUAUAGUGAUAGAAUUGCAUAUAAGACGGAAGUUAGUGGGACUAACCACCCAGAACUUUUCAAGACUUCAAGGAUAUCACCAGGCUCACUUAGAUACUAUGGCCUCGGUCUUGAGAAUGGACAUUACACUGUAAGUUUGCAAUUUGCAGAAAUGGAACUUAAAGAUCAAAGUGCACAAACUUGGGAAAGUAUAGGAAGGCGUGUUUUUGAUAUCUAUAUUCAGGGAACUCUUCAAUUAAAGGACUUUGACAUAACAAAGGAGGCAGGUGGGGUUGAGAGAGCAAUAGAGAGAAAAUUCAAUGCUGUUGUGUCACAGAACUAUCUUGAAAUUCACCUGUUUUGGGCUGGUAAGGGCACUUGCUGCAUACCAGUUGAAGGUUAUUAUGGACCAUCCAUUUCAGCCCUCAGUGUUGUUUCAGAUUUGAAAAGAGUUCCAACAACUACUCCACCAAAGAAGGGCUACACUGGUUUGAUUGCUGGAAUUGUAGCUGCCAUUGGGAUUCUGAGUUUUAUACUUAUUAUAUGUGCAGUUUUUUAUGUGAAAUGGAAAGCAUCGAAUCUCAACGAGGAUAUAGUGCUUCUUGGAGUAGGCCCUCGACCAAACACUUUUCGUUAUGCUGAGUUGCGAACUGCAACAGAAAAUUUUAGUGCCACAAAUAAGCUAGGGGAGGGUGGAUUUGGAUCUGUUUACAAGGGCACUCUUCCUGAUGGGAGGGUUGUAGCUGUAAAGGAACUUACAGUAGCAUCUCAACAUGGGAAGAGCCAAUUUAUAACAGAGAUUGCUACCAUAUCUGCAGUGCAACAUCGGAACCUUGUGAAAUUGUAUGGAUUUUGCAUCGAAGGAAACAGACGUCUCCUGGUUUAUGAGUAUCUUGAAAACAGGAGCCUUGAUCAUUCUCUCUUUGGGAAAAACAAUUUGCAUCUUGAUUGGCCAACCCGCUUCAAUGUAUGCUUGGCAACAGCAAGAGCAUUAGCUUAUCUUCACGAAGAAUCAAGGCCAAGGAUAGUACACCGAGAUGUCAAGGCUAGUAAUAUUUUGCUGGAUGAAGACCUCUGCCCCAAGAUAUCUGAUUUUGGAUUGGCAAAGUUGUAUGAUGACAAGAAAACCCACAUCAGCACCCGAAUUGCAGGCACCAUUGGCUAUCUAGCACCAGAGUAUGCAAUGCGUGGGCACCUGACAGAAAAGGCUGAUGUCUUCAGUUUUGGAGUCGUUGCUCUAGAGAUCCUGAGUGGAAGACCAAAUACUGAUAAUAGCUUGGAUGCCAAAAUGAUAUAUCUUCUUGAAUGGGCAUGGGCUUUACAUGAAAACAACCGAAGCUUGGAUCUGAUUGAUCCAAGAUUAACUGCAUUUGAUGAAAAUGAAGCCAUACGAGUAGUAGGAGUGGCUCUCUUGUGCACCCAAGCAUCACCAGUGCUGCGGCCAACCAUGUCGAGGGUUGUUGCAAUGCUUGCAGGAGACAUUGAAGUAAGCACAGUUGCAUCAAAACCCAGUUAUUUAACAGAUUGGGAUUUCAAUGAUACUACGAGUAGCUUUUUGAGCGAAGAUGCUCAAACUUCUUUUGCAUCUAAUAAGAGUGCAAGUAAUCCCACAUCUUUUGCAUCUAAUAAGAGUACAAGUAAUCCGACAUCUUUUGCAUCUAAUAAGGGUACAAGUAAUCCAACGCCUUCUCCUGUAAAUAUCUCUGAACCAAUGCUUCAUGGAAUUAUUGGAGCAGGAAGGUGAUGAAACUGUUGUUUCUCCUAUAAUAAUAUUGUUAUUAAAUUCUCUCCCUUUAAGCCUUGAAUAUUUUCCUGGCUAGUUUUGGUUUUGGCAACAUUGUUUAAUGUAUAUAGAUGACUCACAUACCAGAAUAUGUGGAAGUUUUAACAUUCUCAGACAAUUGAAAGAUUUUUUUAUGGGGAAGGUUGUAGGAAGGGCAAUGUUUAGUUGUUGUUGUUGUCAAA